AUGCAUCCACGAUAUUUACUCCCGAUUUUACUUCUAGUUUCUUUCCCAGCCUUCACGUCUACAAUGACUCUAAAACGACACUACCGUAGGCCAGUAUGCGAACCAUCGCAGUCCUGCUCCUACAGUUACCAACAAUUCACGUUUGAACUAUGCGACUGCCCACAAUCCAAGAGCUGUCCAAUGGAUAACGGCGUUCAGCUGAAAGGGAUUACCUAUCAAUUCUGCGGUGCUCGAGAACUCCCAGAAUGCAUGCCAGACGAGAUUGCUGCUGAAAUCAACUUUCUCCAAACCUCAAUUUACUGUGUUUGCCCUCUUGAUCAAAUCUAUGUCAAACAGAAGGAAUCGUCGAAUGCUAGCGUAAAAUACGUCUGCGAAGAGAAAGAAAUGUGCGAGGUCGGACAGAUGUGCGGAGUUGGAAACCCUAUUGUUGGAAUCAAGCAAACCUGCCAAUGCGCCGCAAACUCCAGAUGCCAAGUAACAGCGCCAAACGUCUUCAAUCCCAUUUCGAUACAAAACGCCACGUGCCAACCAAUCUAG